AUGGAUCCAGAUAGUGCUAAACGCGUCCCAGUUCUCAUAGAAAGACUGCUUAAACAAGAGCUUCCAGCUGAAGUAAUACCUAGGUAUCAGCCUUAUUUUUUACGUUUACUUGCAAGCCGCAUAAAUCCGACUGUAGUUGAGGACGAAUCUCAGAUUCUUAAUUCAAUUCUAAGGAGAAUUAGCCCACAAAACACAGCGAAGCUACAAGAUUUAUACAUAAGACUGACAAGAUCAAGAGGGCUAUCAAGAAGGUGGGCUAUCUUAUAUGUCCUAAGCAAAUUAUUUGAUGAUAACUCAGUAGCGAUUCCAGGAUCUUCAUUAGAACUUCUAGCUCCAAGACCUCCAGAAGCACCUAAAAUCAAAGAAAAAAUCCCGAUCAUCUCCAAAAAAGGGCCAGAUGCACAGAUGCCUGUGCUUGAAAAAGAAAUUUUAAGGGAUAUUUUAUUUGCAAUACAAGGAAUUGAAGGGAAAUACAUAACUUUCUCAAUGCUUGAAGACUCUUAUGUGAUCCAGCCAAAUAUAGGUGUUCCAGAUCCAAUUAGGAAGAUGGUUGGAGAACUUGCAGAGCUUGGCUGGCUUUAUAAAAAAGUAGUAAAAUAUAUUGACACAAAUAUAGAGCAGCCUUCAUUAACAAGCCAGAGCUUGUGCUAUGCUUUGCAAAGCGACUUGGCUGAAUAUUACAGAUUAAUAGCACUCUUAGAGCAGCAGAGAGAUGAGCUUAAAGAUUUGAAUUUAAGAAAAAUAAUGCUAUGAUGCACAGAGCCAUUAGAAAGAAUGAAGUGGCUUGCUAUUAUUUCUGAUGCUGCCGAAGGUCUUAAAGGAGGGGCUUUAGUUUCAUCUUUAUAUUCUUAUACCUUAAUAGGCAACCCCUCAGUCAAAGCAAUUAUCAUUAGGAUUCUUGAUGAAGUCUCUAUGCCAAUAGUGCAAAUGAUCCAGCAAUGGAUGCUUGAGGGAGAAAUUAAUGACCCUUACCAUGAAUUUUUUGUCUCUACAAAUCUAGCUACCCCAGAUGACAGAUUAUGGACCCAGAAAUACAGCUUAAAUACUGAGAUGGUGCCUUCCUUUUUUACUCCUCAGCUCGCAAAUAAGAUCUUAUUGACUGGGAAAAGCAUAAACUUUUUGCGAAGAUGCUGCAAGGAAGAAAACUGAAUAGCAGCUUCACCGUUAGAACUGCCUAAAAUCCAUGAUUUAGUAGGAUUGUCGAAAUGGGUAGACUCAGCAGCUAGGGUUGCUAAUGCUGAGCUUGUAAAGGUGUUAUUUGAGAAAUAUAGGUUUAAAGAGCAUUGCAAUAGUAUUAGAAAAUAUUUACUGCUAGGGCAAGGAGAUUUUCACCAUAUUCUGAUGGAAUUAUUGCAGUUAAAAUAAAAGAAUAAAUUAAUCUAUAAUUAAAUGAAAUGCAUUUAUUUAAUAAAAAUGCCAUAGUUAAUGAUACACUUAAAGAAAAAGCUGAGAAAAUAUAUAAACAUAAUUUAUUUUCUAUAUUGGAAUCGGCAAUAAAAUCAAGUAAUGCACAAUUCCAUGACUUGGAAUUUUUAAAUAGGCUUGAUGUCAAAUUUUUAGAGGUAUCGCCAGGAGAUAUAGGAUGGGAUGUGUUUACAUUAGACUAUAAGGUAGAUCCGCCACUAACUCCCCCAUCCUUGCUUAUUCAAGGGGUUUUGCACAAAAUUUCAAAUAGCAAAUUGCAUAAAUAGAUCGAAAUUUGCUUAUUAUUGGGGCUUUGCAGAUAAAAAGGAAGAUAAAAUUGUGGGCAUUUACCAUUUGAAUAUGUUUUCCCAAAACCCACCACAAAUAAGCAAGAAUUGGCUUAUUACUAGGAGAGUAAAUACAAUUUUUACUCCACAAGCAAUGGAAAAAUAUUUAAGGAUAUUUAAAUUCUUAUGGAGACUUAAGCGGGUACAAUUUUCAUUAAAUUCAUAUCAAGCUGGGAGAGAAAUUAUAAUGCUGCAAAAAAUGAAAGAAAUCGCGCCAAUAAUUCAUAGCUGCUUAUUAAGGAAAACUGAAAUUUUGCACUUCGUUAACAACUUAAUGAACUAUCUAAUGGUUGAAGUAGUCGAAGGGUCUUGGGCUGAGUUUAUGAAAAGCUUAGACUCUGUGCAAGAUUUAGACCAAAUCAUAGAAGUCCACAAUGCAUUUUUAGACAAAUUGAUCAUGAAGUCUUUCCUCGGCUCCGAAACUGAUGCAAUUCUAAAGCAGCUAUUGCGGCUUUUAGAGCCAGCUUUAAGAUUCCGACAGAGCCAAAACACUUUAUUUUUAUCUGCAAAAGAAGAAUAUGACAGAUUAUCAAAGAUGUUGAGUGAGGACGAAGGAGAAGAUGCGAUUUCUAGAAUUUCUUUAGAAAGUAUUGAAGAUAUCAAGCAAAUUUCAGAAAUUUUCUCUGAUGGAGUUAAUAAGUUUCGGGAGCAGCUAGCGGAAACUGAUAGAAACCAUUUGAAGUUUUUAGCAUUUAGACUUGAUUUUAAUGAGUUUUAUUCUUACUCACAGAUGAAGAGAGCCGAUGAAAACGCGAAAAUGAUGAAUAUUCCGUUUUUCAGAGUGGAAGAUGACAUUGAGGAUGCAGAUCAGGAAGAGUUUAAAUUUUAG